AUGAGACCUAAGACCCCCCUGCCACGCGGCGAAACAACGAACGUCAUUUAUCGGAUCCAGUGCAGUUCCUGUGAUAUGAACUAUAUUGGAGAGACCGGCAAACGACUGCACACCCGUGUUGCAGAGCACAUGAGGGCAGUUAGGCGGAUGGACCCGUUGUCUCUAGUGGCAGAGCACUGCGCAAACUCUGGACACACGUUCGUCUUCCAGAAUGCUGAAAUCCUGGGCCGGGGAAACGACCGCAUCACGAGGGAAACGAUCGAGGCCUGGCACACUGGCGCGAACUCCAUCAACCGCAGCGUAGCGCUUCCUGAGGCUUACCAGGCCCUCCGGACUCAGCUUAGUGAACAGAAGAGCAGAGUCAGGCUGCGACAAGACAGAAACCCAAGUACGGCCGAGUCCAUGGGGGCCACACGCGCAGCGGUACUUCAACCCGAAUCUGACGAAGGUGCGAUCGUCACUACAGCCGCGUCGUCCACUUAUCUGGCAGGUGUGAGGACGAACGAUCGCAGUAACGCCAACGGACCCGAUGAAGGUGCUAUCAUCACUGCCACUCAUGCGGCAGGUGAGAACACAAGUGACGGCAGGGUGACAAAGAAGAUUGCCAGCCUAGGACGAGAGCUAAGGUCAAUGCAAACACGUGCGAUGACAGCUAAGCGUCCAAACGACAGCCCCCGAAUAGACGCAAACCCGUUGUAA